AUUGUAAAAGAUAACACUACAAUCAAGAACACCAAAAAACAAGAACCAAAAAAUCACUCUAUUCUCCAUCAUUUCUUUUCUCUAAUAUGUCUAUAUGAAUCUUGAUUAAUUCUUCUCAUUACAAUCUUGGGUUAUAUUCUUUUUCUUCAAAAAAUAAUAAUAUGGGAAGUAAAUGGAGAAAAGCAAAGUUAGCAUUGGGUUUAAAUAUGUGUUUAUAUGUACCAAAAACACUUGAAGAUUCACCGGCCACGGUGGCCGGAGAAAGGUUUUCCGAUGUUGUUUCGUUGUCUCCGACCAGUCCACGUAGGCACUCCGACUGCCACGUGGAUAUGCCUACUACACCAACUCCAUCUUCAUCUGGUUUGAGAUUGCCUAAACAACAUAGCUACAAAUCUUCUAAGAGUACGUGUGCAAUAUGUUUGAUGAGCAUGAAAGCAGGCCAAGGUCAUGCAAUUUUUACAGCAGAAUGCUCACAUUCAUUCCAUUUCAACUGUAUCACUUCGAAUGUAAAGCACGGGAACCAAAUUUGUCCAGUUUGCAGAGCAAAAUGGAAAGAAAUACCCUUUCAGAGUCCUCUUACUGAUAAUAUAUCACACCCAAGGUCUCGGAACGGACAUGUACAUAUGUCUGAAGAUGAUGCCUGGAUGACAGUUGUAAGACGGAUCCCUCCUGCUCGAUUGGACACCAAUCGCAACAUUUCUACACUUUUCCAAACUGCGGAGCCAGGUGUUUUUGAUGAUGAUGAAGUUGUCGAUCACCAAUCCUUCAGCAGCCACAAAAACUCAUCAACCGAUGUGGGUAAUCAUCAUUCCGUAGGGGCAAUAGAAGUGAAAACAUGGCCGGAAAUCUCUGCUGUUUCAAAAUCAGCAUCUCACAAAAACUUUGCUGUUUUGGUGCAUCUCAAAGCCCCGCACGCUGGUCAGAGUUCCCGAGCUCCGGUUGACCUUGUGACUGUUCUUGAUGUUAGCGGAAGCAUGGCUGGUACAAAGCUUGCUUUGCUAAAGAGAGCAAUGGGGUUUGUGAUUCAAAACCUAGGCCCUGCUGACAGGCUUUCUGUCAUUGCCUUCUCUUCUACUGCUCGUCGUCUCUUUCCUCUUCGUAGGAUGAGUGAUACUGGUAAGCAAGAAGCACUACAAGCUGUGAAUUCACUCAGUUCCAAUGGUGGGACAAACAUCGCUGAGGCCCUAAAGAAGAGUGCCAAGAUCAUGACUGAGCGGAAGUGGAAGAAUCCCGUCAGCAGCAUAAUAUUGUUGUCUGAUGGACAAGACACGUAUACCGUUAACAGUCCUAGCGUGGCCGCUACACAGAUUAAUUACCGUUCAUUACUUCCUGUUUCCAUGCAGCGUAUUAAUGCAGCUUCAGGUCUCCAUAUUCCGGUGCAUGCGUUUGGUUUCGGUGCUGACCAUGAUGCAGUGUCAAUGCACUCAAUCUCAGAAGCUUCAGGCGGAACCUUUUCCUUCAUAGAAGCUGAAAGCGUUAUUCAAGAUGCUUUUGCUCAGUGCAUUGGCGGCCUCCUAAGUGUGGUGGUCCAGGAAUUGCGUGUGGAAGCUGAAUGCGUUCAUCCUGUUUUACGUCUCAGUUCGAUAAAAGCCGGAAGUUAUAAUUCUAGUUUAACGUCUGAUAACAGAAGUGGCAAUAUUGAAGUUGGAGACUUAUAUGCAGAUGAAGAAAGAGAUUUCUUGGUCAUGAUAGAUAUUCCUGCUGAUAAUAGGUCAAGCAACGAUAUGACACUCGUAAAAUUUAAGUGUACAUAUAGAGACCCUUUAUCGAAAGAUUUAGUAACCUUGGAUGAUGUUCGUGAAGUCAAAAUCGAGAGGCCCGACACAAUUGGACAACUUGUUGUGUCAAUGGAAGUUGACAAGCAGCGUAACCGGCUUCGAUCAGCGGAAGCGAUGGCAGAAGCAAGAGCUGCAGCUGAAAACGGUGAUUUAGGGGCUGCAGUGUCCGUUCUCGAGCGUUGCCGGAUAAAGUUAUCGGAAACCGUGUCAGCUCAAGCUGGAGACAGGCUAUGUCUUGCAUUGGAUGCUGAGCUGACAGAAAUGCAAGAGAGGAUGGCAAAUCGUCGAGUUUAUGAAACAUCGGGUAGAGCUUAUGUUUUGUCAGGACUAAGUUCCCACUCAUGGCAGAGGGCAACAGCUCGUGGCGAUUCAACUGAUAGUACGAGCUUGAUUCAGGCUUACCAGACACCGUCCAUGGUUGACAUGGUUAGCCGAUCACAAACAAUGUACCUCGGUAGUCCUGCUCCUCGACCUCGACCACAUCUAAGGCCAGUGCAAUCAUUUCCUGCACGACAACAGCCUAGGUGAUCCUAAGACACGCCUUUUCUUCCUGCUCUUUUGUUCUUUUAUCCUAUUUCAAUCUUUCGGGUUUUGGGAUAGCUUUGAGCUAUAUGGAAAAUGGAAGGGGGUAUAUUUCUAGUAAAAUGUACAUUAAUAAAGAAGAUUUUGGCAAGAAAUCGUGGGUAAAAACAAAAGGUGCACAGCCAGUAAUUUGGCUUCAAGAGGAAUUGGUGAGGGUUAGAAUUAAAUCUUUUGACUAUUAUGGGUGUAUAAGGAGAAAUUCAUGUGUUCUCUUUUGAUGAGUUUUGGGGUAUAGUCCAUUGUAAUUGUGGGUAUACGGGGGAGUUUCUUGAAUUUAUAUAUGACAAUUUUCGUCACUAUUCUUUGAGGAGCUCAAUUUAGUGACUU